GUGACCAUGUUCUUGAUAUAUUUUCUGUUUCUACCUUGAAACGAAAUCAUGUCGAAAUAGAAGCAUGCGUGACCACUCCUGACACUACAAAUGGUGCUUUACAACGUGACUAGCUAGUAGCUGUGCUCACGAAUGUUGCUCGAUAGACACAAAUCACACGCGCAGUCAAGUUGGGACAUGUUUGCCGAGUUUGCUCUUCGCGAUAAGUGAAGCGGUGGCCAUUGUGCUCGAUGCUGGGCCUCACAUGCUGGGUGACUUUGAUGAAGCCAAAAGAUGCGUGGAGAUGAUCAUACAAAGGAAGAUAUUUUCAGAAUCAAAGGAUGAAAUAGCGCUUGUUGUGUUUGGAAGUGAAAACACCAACAACACUUUGUCGAGUGACACUGAGUACCAAAACAUCGAUGUCAUUUCCAACCUCAAGGUGGCAAACUUUGACGUCUUAAGUAAGCUGCAGGAUGUUGAAAGCAGUGACAUGGCAGCAGACUUCAUUGAUGCCAUUGUUGUGGCACUUGAUUUGUUGGAGGAUCAGACCAAGAACCAGAAAUUCGGAGCCAAGAGGGUCGUCCUUCUGUCCAACCUCGCUGGUGAAUGCAGCGAGAGUCAACUCAAGGUUAUUGCAAAGGGAAUGAAAAAUGCUGGGAUGGAGCUCACAGUUCUGUGUCCUUUUCAUAUUGACACUGAGAACAGCUCGGAGAAGCUUACGAAAAGCCAACAGAAGGCAGCUGGAAUCCUCUCGGAAAUGUUGGAAGUUGUCGGAGGGGACGCGUAUCCAUUCAGCCAAGCACUUCACGCACUAAUGUCUUACGAAAAGAAGAAAGUACGACCAACCCCCUGGAAUGCCUCACUGGAAAUUGGCCGGGAGCUGUCCAUUCCUAUCUCGGCAUAUCUGAAGAUCACGGAGCUAAAACCCAAGCCGUGGAAGCAGUGCGUAUCUAAUCGGAGAGAAGCGCUCGUCCGAGGAGAUACCACGCUGCACCUGAAUGACGCUGCCGAGACGGAAGUUGAGAAAGACGACACUAACCCCGGUUACCGUUACGGCACGACGCUGGUUCCGUUCACCGUCGAAGACAGGGACAUCAUGGAGUACGCCAAAGGGGGUCGGGGAUACCAGGUCGUGGGAUUCACAGCGAGCGAAAAUGUGAAGAGGUAUUUCUACAUGGGAGAUAAAACUUCGUACGUUGUGGGAAGGUCUGGAGAUGAAUCUGCCGAAGCUGCGCUCGCUGCAUUCGUCCACGCGCUUGAGGAGAAGAAUAUGGUGGCCAUCGUCCGUUAUGCCUAUUCAGAUCGCAGCGUUCCAAGGAUGGGGUUCCUCAGGCCGCUGCUAAAGGAAAACUACGAGUGCCUUGUCUUCAUCCAGCUUCCUUUUAUGGAAGACAUGAGACGUUUCGUAUUUGCACCUCUCGAUGUUGACAAGAACAACAUUCCAACUGGUCAACAACUGUCUGCCAUGGAUGACCUAAUUGCGACCAUGGACCUUUCAACAGCUAUCGUGGACGAGGAUGGCGAGGCACAAGAAGCUCUCAAACCCAGUCAGACGAGCAACCCAUACCUCCAGAGAUUGUACCAGUGCCUUCAUCAUCGUGCUCUGCAUCCCGACGCACCGCUACCCAAGGUUCUGCCACACAUAGAGGCAGCGCUGAAACCUCCUAAGACGAUUCAAGAAGCCAUGCUUCCAGCUUUGAAGAAGCUGCAGUCAGCUUUCCCACUGGAGAGGCUGUCCGUGGACAAGUUCAAAGAGGCUGGAGAUGCAGUGUUCGAUGCACGAAGCAAUGGCAAUGAAGCUGAUGUUUCUGAACCAGCAACUAAGAAGCAUAAAGGGGAUACAAGUAUGGCGGGACUUAUGGCUACAGAAGUAAUAAAGAUUGACACUAUCGACCCUGUGGGAAAUUUCAAACAGCUCGUAUCACAGAAGGACAGCAACUUUGAGAACGUUUGCAAACAACUCCAAGAGGUGAUCCUAAAACUUCUGGGAGAUCCACUCGGUGGGAUGUACCACACAAAAGCUUUGAACUGUGUCAAGGCGUAUCGUGAAGUCUCGGUUGAAGAAAAUAACCCCGCACCUUUCAACACGUUUUUGGGAGAGGUGAAGGAAAAGUACAGUACAAAGGAGAAGACCAUCUGGGACAUGUUCGCAAGUGCACCCAUCGAUUUGAUUGCAAAAAAGGAAUGUUCCUCAAGUACAGUCUCUGACGAGGAUGUUGCAAAUUUCUACAAGAGUGAACAAGUUGAAGAUGACACAAAGCAAGAGGAGCCUGCCAAAGAUGAGGAGGACUUGCUUGACAUGAUGUGAAGCAACAAUGUCUGUCAAAGAAGAUGGAACACAAGUUGUUAUCUGCGCAGUUUGUUUAUUAAAAUAAAAUAUAAAUUAUUUGGAUGA